AUGAACACAGAUCCACGCCGGGACCAGACACAACAGCAGGACCGUGCCCGUGGCCGCUUCCGCAGGGCAGCACAGGCCUUUCUGAAAUUCGUGGGCAUUCGACGUAAAAGGACCACAACCAGACUAACUAAGGCCACAGCACAGACUGACCUCAGGCUGACUGAGCUGGAGAUGAAGCCUGAUGUCAGCACCGCGCUGACUGAUGGCACAGGAAACUGUGACACCCCACCGAUUGUUCACACAGCAGAGUCUGACCCUGCUUUGACUGACGAUACAACAGACACGGACACCGCAUCGAUUGAUCGCGCAGCAAUCUGUGACGUCGCGUUGUCCGAAGAACCCACAAACUCUGACAUUUCCUUGCCUGAUCUCACUGUGGAGGCUGACACUGCAACAACUGAGGGCAUUGCAGACCCUGACCUCAUGCCCAGGGAGAGUGUGAAUUACGCUCCCACUCCAGAUCUUUUUGAGGAGAAUGGUGUCUCCAGUCCAAAGCAAGUGCCAGCCUUCGUGAGAAACAUGCACCAGAGGCUGACAGGCAACGGGAGUCCAGGAGAGGAGCUGCUCACGGCAGUUCUGAGGGUGACCAAGGCAUACCCUGCUGAUGUUGUGGUCACCCUCCUGCGCUGUGCCCCAUCCUGUGACAGAGCUGCUGCCAGCAUGUGGAGGACCAUCGCCUCAUCGGGAAUGGCACUGAAGAAGGUGCUGCCAGAGUUGCUCUGUGUGAUGGAGGACUGGCCAUUGCACAGCACGUCCACCUCCGACGGGGACAACACGCCUGUCUUUGCUCUGGCUGCAACCAUCGUGGUUUGGGAGAUUCUCCAGAUGUCCCAGUGCCCAGAGCAAUUGCAAAACUAUUCCCCCCUUCUCCUCGUGGAUCUGCUCUUCCAAGUUUUCACCAGCAAAGAGCAGAUGCCAGAGGAGGUUGACACAUUCUGGAAGGGAUACUGGGAGCAACAUGGCCUUCCCACAGACUUCAAGAGAUUUGCAGUGCUGACCAUAAAGGCCCUGCUUUGCCAUCUUGAGUGUGAAGACGUAGUGGUUUCAAUGGAACGGAAGCGUGGCUGGGACACGCUCAUCAAUGCUGACUCCCACCACUACGCAGUGGGUCUGCUGGCCAGGGAGAUGCGCCGUGCCUCGAGCCCUUUGUAUUCCUGGAUUGCCCCCUGCCUGCUGGAGCUGCUGAGCAGGGAGAAGCCCCGCUGGGAGCUUCCCGCCAUGGCCUUCCUUGUGGAGGUCCUCGACUGCCUCGACAUGACCGAAUGGAGUGACAGCUUCCUGGAGAUCCUUGCAAGGCAACUGAGGAGUGAGUGCCCAGAGAUGCGUCGCCUGGCACUCAGAGGCCUCGUGGUGCUCAGCAAGGAUCCUGUGAUGGCUGAUGGUGUGCGGACCCUGACACAAAGCCUGAUGGACAUUCUGUGGGAUGAAGACAGUGAGCUGAUUGGGAUGGCUCUAUCUAUAAUCAUCAAUGAAGUUCAGAACAGAGCCAUCCUAAUCUCCACCCCCACUGCCCUGCAGCUGGCUGAGGUGCUGCAGCCACUCUUUGGCUACGACAACAUCUGCGUGCAACUGCUCUCCAUUCACCUCUUCCGAAAGGUGAUGGAGCUGGGAGUGGACGAGGGAAAACAACACCUGAAGACACACGUGAUCCAGAGCCUGCUGCCACUCUUCUUCUGCUGGCAUGAUGAGAACCAGCAUGUGGCAGAAGCCUCUUGGAAAGCGCUUCUUCGUGCAGCCUGGUUGCUGAAGAGGAGGGAUCUUGCAGAGCUGCUGGAGACAGAGCAGCCGUGGAGGUUUAGUGAGUGCCUGCUGGAAAAGGACAAGAGCCGAGUGGCCGAGUACCUCUGCCAGGCCCUGCCAUAUCUGGAGAGCCCACAGGAGCCCGUGCGAGAGGCAGCCCUCAGGUUCAUAGGGAUCGCUGGGAGGUACCUGAGGGGACAGCAGGCUGAGCUGCAGAUCAUCAUUGGUGUUAUUGAAGGCAUAACUCAUGACAGUGCUGCCAUGGAAUGCCUGGCAGAUCAGACACAGAAAAUCCUAAUGACUGUCCAGAGACCUCAGGCUUCUGCACAUUCCAGCAGUUGGAAGAUCAUCUCCAGAGUGUGCAAAAUAGGGAGGCUCCUCUGUGGGGCAGCUGUUGGAUGUCUGCGGAGAACUGAUCCCGGGAACCCUGCCUGAUGGAACUACCUCAUCCUGUGGGAAAGACCCCUCUUAUCCUCUUACCCCAGCAC